GAGGGUCUUCCCUGCGGUGGUGCAGAAGGACUCUCUGUGAGUUCAGUGCUGACAGCCCGGAGCUGAGCACACUUCUAGAUUCUGUGAGUUCUUAUUGUGGGCUGCAAAGGAUCCUCGGACACCCUCAAGCACAAUGGCAUAACAUCAUCUGAAUCAUGAAACAAUAUUCAUUCUACAUGCCUGUGGAUGCAUUGCGGAUUGCCUUCCUUUCCUGAGAUUCAUUUGUCCACUGAGAUGAAUGCUGAACUUCAAAUAUUUUCCAUGUUACGGAGUUAUGUGGAAUGCUUCCUUACUCACAAUAUUGAAUGUUUGUUACAGUGAACUUUGAAGAUGUAACUGUGAAGUUCACCCCAGAGGAGUGGGAUUUACUGACUCCAUUCCAGAAGAAGCUGUACAGAGGAGUGAUGUGGGAAACAUAUAUGAAUAUUACUGUGACACGAAGAAUAUGGCAUAAUCUGCAAAUUAAAGAAGAGGACAAAAAUUGUUCAAGAAAUCUCAGAUGUGAUAAAGACAAUUAUUUGAGAAUUGAGAAGCAGCAAUAUAAAUAUAAUGAAGAUAUGGAGACCUGCAGUGAUUUCCAGUCUGUUCAGAAGCAAUGUGGGGAAGCAUUCAGUAUACUCAGUAGCUGUCAAAGACAUAAAAACAUUCACACUGGGGAGAAGCCUUGUGUAUACAACAAAUGUGGGAAAGCAUUCACCACAGCCUCUAAAUGUAAAGCACAUGAUAGAACUCACACUGGGGACAAACUCUUUAGAUGUAGGCAAUGUGGGAAAUCUUUCAAUCGAAAGGAUAACCUUAUUAAUCAUGAAAGAGUUCACACAGGUGAGAAACCUUAUGUAUGCAACAAAUGUGGGAAAGCAUUCAGUAGAGCCUCUGGCUGUAAGACACAUGAAAGAAUUCACAGUGGGGAGAAACCCUUUGUUUGUAAGCAGUGUGGGAGAUCUUUCAAUCGAAAGGAUAACCUUAGUAAUCAUGAAAGAGUUCACACAGGGGAGAAACCCUAUGUAUGCAACAAAUGCGGGAAAGCAUUCAGGAGUGCAUCACAGUAUAAACUACAUGAUAGAAUUCACACUGGGGAGGAAUGCUAUGUAUGCAACAAAUGUGGGAAAGCAUUCAUCAGUGCUUCACAAUGUCAAAAUCAUGAUAGAGUUCACACUGUGGAGAAACCAUUUGUAUGUAAGCAUUGUGGGAAAUCUUUCAACCGAAAGGACAACCUUAUAAAUCAUGAAAGAAUUCACACUGGGGAGAAACCCUAUGUAUGCAACAAAUGUGGGAAAGCAUUCAUCAGUGCGUCACAAUGUCAAAAACAUGAUAGAAUUCACACUAGGGUAAAACCACUUGUAUGUAAUCAAUGUGGAAAACUUUUCAAGCAAAAGCGUUAUCUUAUGAUACAUGAAAUACUUCAUACUGCAGAGAAACCCUAUGUAUGCAACAAAUGUGGGAAAGCAUUCAUCAGUGCAUCACAAUAUCAAAUACAUGAUAGAAUUCACACUGGCGAGAGACCAUUUUUAUGUAAGCAAUGUGGAAAAUCUUUCACACAAAAGCGUUAUCUUAUUAUACAUGAUAGAAUUCACACUGAGGAGAAACCAUUUUUAUGUAAGCAAUGUGGAAAAUGUUUCAAGCAAAAGCAUUAUCUUAUUAUACAUGAGAGACUUCAUACUGGAGAGAAACCCUAUGUAUGCAACAAAUGUGGGAAAGCAUUCAUCAGUGCAUCAAAAUGUCAAAUACAUGAUAGAAUUCACACAGGGGAGAGACCAUUUUUAUGUAAGCAAUGUGGAAAAUCUUUCACACAAAAGCGUUAUCUUAUUACACAUGAUAGAAUUCACACUGAGGAGAAACCAUUUUUAUGUAAACAAUGUGGAAAAUCUUUCAAGCAAAAGCAUUAUCUUAUUAUACAUGAGAGACUUCAUACUGGGGAGAAACCCUAUGUAUGCAACAGAUGUGGGAAAGCAUUCAGUUCAGCCUCUAGCCUUAAAGCACACGAUAGAAUUCACACUGGGGAGAAACCAUAUGUAUGUAAACAAUGUGGGAAAUCUUUCAGUCAUAAUUCCACCCUUAUUAUACAUGAAAGAAUUCACACUGGGGAGAAACCCUUUGUAUGCAACAAAUGUGGGAAAUCUUUCAACCAAAAGGAUAACCUUAUUAAACAUGAGCGAAUUCACACAGGGGAGAAACCCUAUAUAUGCAACACAUGUGGGAAAGCAUUUGUCAGUGCAAAGCGAUGUAAAGCACAUUGUAGAAUUCACACUGGGGAGAAACCCUUUGUAUGUAAUCAAUGUGGGAAAUCUUUCAAACAAAAGCGUUCUCUUAUUAUGCAUGAAAGCCUUCAUGGUGGGGUGAAACCCUAUGUAUGCAACAAAUGUGGGAAAGCAUUCAGGACAGCGUCUAGCUGUAAAAAACAUGAAAGAACUCACUGGGGAGAAACCAUAUGUAUGUAAACAAUGUGGCAAAUCUUUCAGUCAAAAUGUAAGCUUACUAUACAUGAACGAAUUCAUACUAGGGAGAAAACCUUUGUAAGCAAUAUUUAAAAUGUUUCAGUCAAAAUGUUAUUAUUACUGAUGAAAGAUUUCACACUGGGUAGAACCUCUGUGGAUACAACCAAUAUGACAAAGCAUUCAGUAUACAGAAGUGCUAAAAGAAGCCCUUUCUGUGUAAGCAAUUUGGGAUGUCUUUCUGCUAUAGUUGUAGCUUUUGUGUAUAUAAAAGAAUUCACUGUAGAAAAACCCUACCUAUAAGAGAAAUGAGUAAGUGGAUUUGUUAAUAAAUUUGCAGGUCAUAAACAUAAAAGAUCUCACACUGGGGAAAAACCUAUGAACAUAAGGAGUAUAGGAAAACUUUCCACAACUGGAGAGAUUGUCACUAUAUGACAGAACUCCGUGCAGUAAUUCUAUGAAUUUCAACAAUGGUUGACAGCAUUUAGUGCACAAACAUGCCAUCAAAUAGGGGAAUAAUGUACACAAGAAAGAAACCCUAAGUAUGUAGGCAAUGUGGAAAAGAUAUGCUGCAGUUUUUCCCUUUUCCAAACAUAAGAUUCCUUCACACCAGGGCGUAACUACACGUAAGAAAUAUUUGAAAAUUUGAGAUGAUACAGGUGGUAACCUAAGUGAUGUCAUAUUGUGGCUUGAGCCUAUGUAUGCAAUGUGGGAAAGCAUUCAGUAUACAUGGUUAUUGUAAAUCCUGUGAAAAUAAUCAUAAUAAAAUGAAAUCAUAUGUACAAUAUAA